GCAGCACGUCCAACCGUCGUCCUCGCGCUAAUGAUUCAGCGAUUGUUUCUGUUAGCUAGCUAACGUUAGCAGGCAGCGCAUCUAGCGGUCCGUCCGGCUGGCUAACGAUGCUAACGGCUGGAGGAGAGGAGCUGACCUGUUACGCGGUUACUGAGGCGCAAAAUUAAAAAAGAACUCCGAAGGUGUAAAGUGAUGCAGCAGAAGUUGUGUUCUAGAGGUUCUGGCUCUUUCCUCUUGGAGAGGAACGGACAGGCCUGCGGCGCUGUCACUGUCACUUCCUGUGACCUCCCCUUCCGUUGCCCCCGCUGUGGCGAACAGGAGCGCUUCCGCAGCCUUGCCUCGCUCCGCGCCCACCUCGAGUAUCGCCACUCGUACCGCUCGCCGGACGUGAUCACGGGCAGCUUCAGCAUCACCGGCAAACUUCCUGACCCGCUGACGUCGGCCAUCCCCUGGCACGACAUGAGCCUCCCGACCCGCCGGGGGCAGCAGGGCGCCGGGCGACCGCCGCACAUCCGGUCCCUCAGCGACAGCAGAGACAGCAGUUACCUCCACUCCUACAGCUCUGUGAGGAGGCGCACUCAGAGUGUCGGGGUGGGGACGCAGGCUGAGGAGGAGGAUGAGGAGGAGGAAGACGAGGAGGGAGGAGGGACAGAAGAUGAAGAUGUGGGAGAAGAUGAAGAUGAGGACGAGGGUGAAGAGAGAUGUGGAGGAAGAAAUGAGGAGGAUGUCAAAAUCAGAAAGUCAGACGUGUGUCAUCACCUCAACCACCAUCACCUCCCGUUCUCUUCUGCGGCUCCUCUUGGAUCUCCAUUAGACCCGGGCCUGGACUUUGACCUGGACCUGGACCUGGUCGAGCAGAACUCGUACUCCGGUCUGGAGACGGCAGCAGCCUCGGCCGCCGUGCGUCGUCGACUGGCGAGCAUUCUGCGGGCGGCCGACAGCACCAUGCAGCGCCGGCUGGCCAAGGUGAGCACGGAGCUCGCCCAGACCGACACAGAGCUCCUGUGUGAGCGCGCUCACUCGCAGCACCUGGCCCAGGAAAGACAGGAAGUGGCCGAGAGGGAGAGGUCGCUGAGCCGGCAGGUUGACGUGGCUGUCAUGGUGAUCGCGGCGCUGAGGGAGCAGCUCAACGCCUCGGAGAAUGAGCUGGAACGACGAGAGAGGGAGGUGAUCACCAUCCAGAAGUUUCUGGAGGCAGCGGCUCGACAGGAGACAUGUGGCAAAGUUCGAAUCCAGCACUUCAUUGAGAAUCUGCUGAGACGCAUCGCUCUGGCUGAGAGACUGGUGGAGUAUUACCAGGUCAACGGCAGCCCACAACAGUGCAGCCACUACAAGCACCAGCAGCCGACUGAUAAUGGACCUCACAGAAUCACUAAAAGCCGGUCAGCAGGAGGUCAGCUCUCCUCGUCUGGACUCCACGACAGCAGAACCCGCUCCGCCUCCCAGUUCAGUGGACGUCCUCUGUUCUCCAAAGCGGCCGGGGAGCGAGACCGGGAGCGGGAGCACCGGGAGCGUCUGGCCCAGUCGUCCAGGCUGUUCUGCCGACCCGAACACAGAGACGACAUCUGGAACCACCAGCGGCGCCGGUCUGCCGGGUACGAGGCAUAGAACUGUAGAGAAACACCGGGGGAGAGGGGGUGUCAGCGGGUCAGACUUCACUCAACUUUAUUCCAGUGUGUUAACCUAUGGAAAAGUACUGUGAGGUCACGUUCACAUCACGCUGAGGUCCAUUUAUUUAUUAUAAGUCUGGACUGAUGUCAGUCUGCCAGAGGAGAGCAGACGCUAAUCUGUAAUCUGACAGGACGGACACAGAGGACAGAGGUGGGUAGAGACGAGUUGUUAUUAACAAUCAUUACUUUUUACUCUCUCACAUUCAUUCAUACAUUAUUUUAUGUAUUCAUGUAUAUUUCUCCGAGAGGCAGGAGGUCUGCUCCUGCUUUCUGCCUCCACAGUCAGUGCAGGUUAAUGACCGAACCUUCAGCAGGAAGAAGCUUUUAAAAUAACGUUAGCCACUAAUAUUCACAAUAUCGACGAUUCAAUAUUGUGCAGUGCAGCAGGCUGAGGUUCAGUGAGCACAUCAGAUAACUUUUCAUCCUGUAUGUUCAGUUUAUUUACCUGAGGAACAUCAUCACAUCACCUGCGGCUCCACAUCAUGUGUUUUAUAUCUUAAGUUACUCACUACUUAAGUAACUUUUUCAGUGUGUUCGUUUGUACUCUGACUCAAGUUAUUGACUUCUACAUUUCCGUUUUCCUGUUUUACUUCUUUCCGUGUACUUGUUUUUGAAAAGUAGUAUUUGGCUGCACUACCCACCUCUGAACGGCAGUGACCUCUGAGUAAUGAUGACAUUUUUAAAAAAAUCUCAUUAGAUUAUGAUUUUGGCAGAAACAGGAAAUCAAGUACUUGUUUAUAAAAGCUUCUAAGUUACGAGCUUCUGCAGAUUUAAACAAAACGUACGUGACUUUAAUUUUAACUUAUAAACUUAACAGGUUUGAAAAUAAUGAUUUAAUUUAAAGGAGGUUUUCUUUUUUACUUUAUAAACGUAUCAUGUAAAAUAGUUGUAUAAAUAUGACAUCACGUCUGUGUAGCAUGAUUGGAUACAUGUGCUCCUCCUGAACGACACUUCCUUCCCUCCCAAUUUUUACUCAAUUAUUUUUAUAAAUCGAAGGAAGAAAAAAACGCAGAAAACAACAGAUAAGUUACAAUAAAGUAUAAACCAGGAAUUCAACAGCAAAUACAAAAUAACAAACUCAAACAAUGGAGCAGUAGUAACUCUUUCCAUUAGCUUCAGAUGACAGAAAACACGGUACAGUAACUUUUAACUGUGAAGUAAUCUGUAUAACAGGGUUUAUGAGCAUAAUGCAAUAACAAAUCUUACAGCAUGACCACAUUGUAUUCAAGAGUUUUUAUAGCCAGCGCUGUUUUCUUGCAUAUUUCAUACUUUUCCAUAGAUUACUGUGCUGAAAUAGACCAGUAUGAGGUGCAACACUGGCUGUGGGUGAACCUUCAGUAUUCAGACAUAUAGAUGAAUAAUAGCUUCUAGUCUUUACUCGCAUUUGUCAGCACAAUGCAUAAUAUCUAACACAGUAUCAUUGGUCAUCUCAGUCUUUAGUGAUACUUCUGUUCUGAAUCUUCUUCUUCUGUAUUUUAGAGAAACUUCAGGUAAAAAUGUGCUUUUGCAUUUCAUCUACUGAGUUCAGAUUUAAUUACAGUCGAGGUCUGAUCUUGGAAAGCAACUUGUUGUCUUCCUGAAUCAGAUGGAACGAUGAUAAACAAAGUUCCUGGUGAUGUUGAUGACACGUCCUCUCCUCUGGUCGAACCUUUGCAUCUCUCCUGGCUCCUCAGAGAAGCUCCCCUUCAGUCCAGUUAUCUCGUCUCUGUCUGUGCUUUAAAGGCCAAACAUUCACUGAAACCCUUCGUCGAGCGGUAGCUGCAAACGUUAGCCUGUCUGGCUAGCUUACUACCUACUGUGUGGAAGCUGGUCCUCUGUGCUGUCAGGGUUUAGGCUAACGUUAGCAGCUCCUUCCUGCUCUUUGCUGGAUUGUGGAUAGUUUACACUCUAAUAACUCCAACCAAGCUCAAUAUCUGAACAAACUGGUUUAUCCUCGUCUUAACAGCCUUUUCUCUUGUAAAGUUGACAAUGAAAACAAACAGUGUAGAGGAAGAAUUAUCUAAGCUAACAAUGCUGUUUCUCUAUUUCCAUGUUUUGUACUCGGAUCUUUAAAGGAGCAUUCUUAAAGUUGUGGCCAGAAUAUUUGUUUUGUGCUGCAGUGAUUGUCUACUGAAGUUAGCAUGCUAACCAGCUAGCCUCAGCCUCCUGUCUUAUAAUAAUAAUCUGAACCUCAAGAGGUCUGAUAGCCCUGUAGUUUUAGCUUGGUGAUGUAUGUUACAUCUGUUCACCAAGACGAGCUUAACUGCCUCCUUAACUCAUCGUAAAACACACUUUCAAACUCUUGCUCUCGCUAACUGAACCAUGAGCUAAUAACAGUAGCACAAAGAUUCCUAGAAGAGAAUCUGUUGUCAACCUCUGUCUGAAAUCUAGAAACCUUUAUUUUGAAAAUUAGUUUGAAUUUCUGCACCAUCAGCAUUGAGGCUCCUGGUCCAAGCUGGAGGGUUACAGUCAGUGUACCAGAAUCAGAUCUACACCAUCAACAGCACUUUAUAUUGUGUGAUGAAGUCUUUCUUGUGUUGAAACAGUGACAGAUGGCCACACUGGAGUUUCUCUGAACACUCCUAGUUUCCAUUUUUAGCAGCAGUUCAGAUUAUUUUGAUUCAAACUUGUCCAGCUUUGAGAGGAAGAAGGCCACGAUUGUUCUUUGGUGCUUCUGUUCCCAUCAACAUUUUAAUCUGCUUCAAAACAGAAACCAUGCACAGUUUUGUCCGACCCAUCCAUCUCUGGUGGUGCUUCAGAUGUAUAUCUUAUGGUUAUAUAUAAUCUGAUCUAUAGAGGAACAUAUUUUGUAGUUGAGAUGUGGUUGUGUUAGCCGCCCUCGCAGCUCUGGUUUGGUUUGUAAAGCACAGACCGAAGCGUGAUGACACCAGACCUGAUCCAGAUCCAGUCUGCAUGUGACUCAUGGUUCUGAGGUUGAUUAAGACAUUAAGACCAUCUCUGACGCCGUCUUGUAAUUGUACAUAGAGAUUAAAAAGUUAAAUAUGUUGACUUGGAAAUACUUUAUUGUGAUUUUCAUUUUCUCCUGGCGGUCGUGGUCUUAAACAAACCAAUCAGCCGACAGUCUGCGACCAGAGCAGGAUCAGACUGGAGAUGUAGUGCAGGUCGAACCGCCUGCUUUGUGUUUAUAUAUUAGUCCACCUUUUUAAGGAGCAUUUCAAAAACGUCUGGAGGUUUGCUUGUUCUCUGUCUUGGCCAGAGUUAAACGAGAGGAUCAGUAAGAGUUUUCUUAGUUUCUCCUUAAAGUCUUUGUGAAGCUGCGUAUUUUACCCUCCGCUACAUCACCAGUCAGAACAAGCCAUGUACAUGCAGGUCCAGUCUGUCCCGGGUCUGGAGGACGCCACACAUAUAACGAAUGUACUCUUGAGUUAAUGUAAUAGCUCACACUGAAGAGAUGCCACGUUGUAAGACCCGACCUGUUCGGCUUAUAACCGGCACUCGUUCACACAGAAACGGGUGGAGAUUCUCCGAUCACACAAUGAAUGACGUCGCAUCAGCGCUUUCAUCCAAAGUGACUUACAGUGCCGUGAACACAUGAACAGUCCAUUUGCAGUAAACUAAACGGCUCGUGACGGCUCGUUUAAUAGAAUCAUUCCUCCGUCUGCAGCGUCAUUCUGUACGGUCUGUUUACACGCCAUCUUUGCACUCAUCCAAUGAUCAGAAUGUAAAUGUUAAAGACAGUGCUCGGUGUAAAAUGUAUCUUUGCUGUCGGUGGUUUAGGUUUCGUUGACGGUGUUGAUAGAUAUUUUGUAUACAAAGCUAUUACGUGUCGUCGAGUGGAAGUAGUAGUCCUGCAGAACUUUAACUUGGCAGAACAUUUAUCUGGGUCACAAACACAAAUGGCUUCUGUUGUUGUUUUGAAACACAAAGAUCCCUGAAGUUAUGUAGAUUCAUCUCCUAAACAUACUUCAUGGUGAUUCCUUUUUUAUGGUUUAGUUGUUUCAAGUUGAUUUUAAUUAAAUAGUUAGUCAAAUUGACAUAAGUAGGAUGAAAAGUAUUAAAUCUUAAAUACAGCUUUCAGGCAGCCUUUCCUAAGACCUGACCAGCAGGUGUGUCAAUUAAAUCUCCAAAUUUAUUGGAAGUUGCCAAUUUCAAAGCCAAAUGUUCUCCUGUAUUAUCUAUCAGCAGUCUAACAAAUGUGAGUUUUGUCAGGAGAACUCUCCGCCUGCUUGUUAACACGUAUAAAAUCCUGAUCCAGAUAAAUUUGGACAAACUGCCCACUGAGUAUCCAGAGAUCGAUGUGUCAUCAGACUCCUGAUGAUCUGAAGUCAAGAGCUCCUGCUGCUGUCUGUUAAAAACCCUGUUUCUCUUUCUGCUUUACCAGAAUUACCAAGUAACGCGCUUGAAAUUACCACAGUAUUUACCUCAAAAUUAAUUGAAAAUCACUCCAACAUUAUUUAAGAAUGAUCUCACUAUAUAUCUGGUAAUUUCCUGGAUGCAUUUCCAGGAAACAUCCAACAAUUUUUCCAUCUGACGUCUGCAGAUCAUUCCAGAAUCUAAAGACCAUGUCUCGUCUCGUAUCUCGAUGACGAUUCAUCAAAAUAUCGAAGUGGGGUUUUUGUGCAAACAGCAGUGUGACUCUUGAGGUGUGUGUGUGUGUGUGUGUGUGUGUGUGUGUGUGUGUGUGUGUGUGUGUGGAGGAGAGUGUGUGUAGGAGUGUGUGCGGUGCUUCAGGUGUGAGUCUGUUGAGCUGCUUCCUGUUGGGUGUUGAAGGUCACGGGCAGGUGAUGGAAGAUGCAUGAGACGGCCCGACUACUACUACUACAUAUGUAGCUAUUGUGUUACUGUGAAAGCAUGCUUCAUAUGUAGCAACAACAAAAAGAAAAAAAAGAAGCAAAGUACUUAUAAAAUACUGUUAUCUUGUACUACUGUGUGUACUUUUGUAGCAGAGCGAGGUCUAUUUUAAUGGUAUUCGAGGGGGAAAGUUGCACUAAACCAACCCAGAGCACUUGGCCUGGAGCUGUUGGGUUUCAUAUGAAGAGAGAGUUGUUUAUUGGACAAUCAGCAGGGUUCAUGCACAGGUUUGUAAAAUAAAUGUCUGUGUUUUGAAAUGUUUCGGGGGGAAAAUGUGCAAAAGCUCUGAGAGAAAAACCAGCAGGAGAAGUUGUGUGACAACAAGUAAUCUGACCGGAGUAAACGUUAGUUUGAUUAUGACACUACUACCCUUCUGGCCGUGAGUCGGUAGAGACCGAGAAGUUAGUUUUAUGUUGUGUAAAUCUGUUUUUCCACACCGACUUUGAUAUCCUUCCGUUUCAUCAUGUUCGUCUGUAGGGAUUUCGUUUGCAGAAGUAAUCUCUAGUUUUGUGCCUUCACUGGAAAAACAUACUCUGUAGUCUGUAUAACACUGUGCAAAAUGCAAUACUGUGAAGAACUGGAAAUCUUUUUAUGUUGAAACUUGUCGGUCUGUGUGAAAACCAUCGAAGAUUAAAGAACAAACAUGACGCCAAGA